AUGGCCAUCAAACCUGAGCCUAUAUCUGGUCUUAUCACGGUUGACAACCAGUAUCUCGACCGAGUAACUAUCCGCCGAAAUAUAAUUGCCGAAUACAAAAACACCGUCCACGGCUGUCUACCCGGUGGAGAGAGUGCUGUUCAUGAGCUCUACUCCUAUCUCUUGACACACCAUCUACCCGCCCGCUUCCCGGAUCUUUUCACUUUCCAAGGUAAAAUAUUUCAUAAUAGAGCAACUGGCAAAUCAUUCCCUACAACUCCACCGCAGGACCCAGAGACGUGUCUCCGGAUACUCGGCGAAACGGUAGAAGAGGAUAUCUUCCUUCUCGAAGAAACGGAGACAACUCAUAGAUGUCUAGCAUUUACUUGCUGUUUUCCGACGGGAUUCGAUCCAUCUUCAAAGCUGGGCUUAGACCUUCAGGGUAUUCAUGGCCCUGUGCCGGCCUAUGAAAAGAUCGGGCCUAGUAUGGAGAGAUUCUUUCGGAAGCUUGAGGUUGGGAAAAGUGUGAAGAGAAUGAAUUGGAAUAUUCAAACUGGUGAUUGUUUAAUCAAUGUGGCGGGGAAUCACAUCAAAGAAGGUGAUGAAUUUGUUGCCGACGAAGAUGUCGAUCAUUCAACGGCCAAUCUUCGAAUCGAGCUUCAAUCUCUGACGCGCCUCCCUGAAACAAAGUUUGUUCUUUUCUGUUUCAAGACUUACCUUUACCCUCUGGCCGAUAUCAAGGCAGAAGGUACUGGUCCAGAGCUUGCCGAUGCCAUUGAGGGCCUCCAAAAGGGUAACGCGCCCGGGAUGUUCAAGUACAAGAGCGCGGUUCGAUGGGGAAGAGCGUAG